GCGCGCUCGGCCGCCGGCCCCGGUAACCGGCUCCGUGGGUCCCGGGCGCCAUGGCUUCUGUGGGGGUGUCUGUCAGCCGGCAGGCCGAGGAUGCGCUGCAGCCACCCGCAGAGCCGCCGCUGCCCGAGACGAAGCCGCUGCCGCCUCCGCAGCCGCCGCCGCCGGUCUCCGCGCCACAGCCGCAACCGCCGCCGAGGCCUCCGUCCCCGGCCGGCGUGAAGGCGGAGGAGAACUGCUCCUUCCUCCCACUGGUUCACAACAUCAUCAAAUGCAUGGACAAGGACAGCCCUGAUGUCCAGCAGGACCUGAACGCCCUCAGGACCAAGUUCCAGGAGAUGCGCAAGGUGGUCGGCGCCAUGCCUGGCAUCCACCUGAGCCCCGAGCGGCAGCAGCAGCAGCUGCACCGCCUCCGCGAGCAGGUCCGGACCAAGAACGAGCUCCUGCAGAAGUACAAGAGCCUGUGCAUGUUCGAGAUCCCCAAGGAGUAGAUGAGCUGGCCUCCGCGAGGCGGGCACGGGCCUCCGUCUUCCAGCUCUGUGGAGGGGGUCUCUGGUACUGCCUGCUUAGCUGAACGUGGCCCUGACUGCGGAGCGGUGUGCGUGCUGGCCUCCCUGGGCGUCCCUGUGUACUGUCCCCACGGUCCAGAUGCAUAAUGACUGUGUGCCUGCCGCCGGAAGGAGGAGGGCUCCUGAGGCCGGGGGGCGGGGCCGCGGCCCGGCCUUCAGGCUGGGCUGGCAGAUCCCGGGGCAAAGCAGGAAGGGAGGCGGCUGCCCUCUGCCCCUCCCCUCCGCUCGCGGCCCAGGUGGUGGGUAUCCAGGUAGCCAGUGUUGAGUGAGCAGCAGGGUGCGUGGAGUCCACUGGGCAGUUAGGCCUGCACUCACAUGGCGAGGGUUUAGGAUAGAAAAAGGCCUUGGGAGAACGGCACUGUUCCUAAAGACUUGAGGGUGGCUUUUUGCUCUGGAAUAUUUGUUUCCUUCUGUGUUUGAGGGGUGGGUGUCACUGUCCGUGGGCUGCCCACCCAGGGCCCUGCCGGCAGCCCUGCCUCCAGGUUUCUGCCUCCCACGUGUGGGUGGGUGGCAGAGGCUCUUGCUCCUCUGUCCCUUGUCACCUUCAGGCAGCUCGUUUAGCCAUUUCAUGCCCAAGAAUGGCCAGACCGCCUCAGGCCACGUGGUCUCCAGGUGAACAGACCCCUUCCAGCUUCUCAGUCCUGUUCCUGGUUUAGCGCGGCUUCCCCUCUGGCCUCACUGCGCCCAAACAGGCGGCCGUGAUGUGCUCUCCGCUCAGAGCCCCUCGGGGUGGGGAGCACUCACCUGGCAGCCGUGCGGCCAAGGCCUGGUUCAUAGAUGCUUAUAAACACCUUUGUUUCACCUAGACGGACGUUGUGUUAGUGUGACCAGACUGAGGUAAGAGCAUCUCUUUCCUUCGCCUCUGAAGGAUGCGGGACAAACGGGCUCAUAACCUGUGCUGACCGAGUGGGGGGCUUAACAGCUGCCUGCCAGUUGGCAGGAAUGUAGGUUGAAGAUGUUUUGAGCAGGGGUUCUGUCCAUGUCAGGCGUGCAGGGGGGUGUCAGGUUUCAGCGGCCUUGCCCAGAGGCGCAGGCUCUGAAUUUAAGUGGGUGUCACCUGUUAGUCCAGCUCUACCCUGGGGCUGUUAUCAACUGAAUCAGUUAUUUUCUUGACGUUUCAGAGUAGUGUGUGGGCCGGUUUUAAGGCUCCGACCAAAUACUGUGGGACACGAAGCUCAGAAACACCAGGCGGCCGGGCUCUCCCGGAAGGCUGCGGCGGACACGGGCUCCUCAUGGGCCUCUCCUGUGCUCCAGAGUUGUGACUUGUGACACUUUUCAAGCGUGUGAUUAAAAGAACUUGUGCUCUGCUGUCAGGA